ACUGCGACGGAUGACAUGUGAACGAGACAUUUGCCAAUUGUAGAACACUACCACGGAUUCGCGCUUGUUUUGUUCUUUCGUUGAAACUGGGAGUCUCUGCGCGCUGGUCUUUCUGUAUUCAAGCGCCAGAUCCAACCCACGCUCUAUCAAGAUGCGCAAACCGCCAUCCUACAUCUUCCUCCUCCUAACCUUCCUCUCGUACCUCUCCCUGUCCCUCGCCGCAUUCCCAACAUCCUUCUGCAAAUGCACUUGUUUCGGCAACAGCACCAUCGUCGCCCUCGAUGCGCCCGUCCCCACCAAGCCAGCCUCCCACGCCUUCUCUCUGAAAGAGCGUGCCUCGAAGAAGACAUGCAACGACUGCAACCGUCAGUUCUGUCUGGGCUAUAGCUUUUGCACGGGCGAGAAGGAGGAGAACGUGUUCACGGCGUGUUUCCAAAGAGACUCGGCCAAGGACCAGGCUGUGGUGUUUGUGUUCAUUGCUGCAACGGUGGGGCUGCUGAGUUGGGCGGCGGUGAAGCCGUGGGUGGAGCAGUGGAGAGAGCGAUCGAGAGAACGACAAAGUUAUAUUCCCGUGUCUGGGCAAGGAGAUCGAUAGCGGGGUCUGGGCAGAUAGAUGGAUGGAAAUAUAUGCAAUUGUGAACAUGAACUUUGAAUACCCA